AUGCAGCGGAGAAAGAAGAAGGCUAAGGAGCCCAAGGACGAUGGUCGAGUCGUCAACGCCUUCACGUGGGGGACCGGCGAUGGCGGCCAGCUGGGCUACGGCCUCGACAUUCCGAUCGCGCAGAAUGUUCCUCGACCAGCGUUCCCGAUCGGGGCGCUGGCGGGCCGACAUGUUGUCCGCGCGGCCGCAGGAGGGCGGCACUCGCUGUUCCUGCUCGAAUGCGGCGAGGUGUUGGCCUGUGGCGUGUGGGAUGACGGGCAGCUCGGGUGCAUGGAUCGUCCGGUGGUACUUGUUCCGGGCUCCACUGAGGAGAUGGUCUCGGUACCUAAGUCUCUCGUUCCGCGAGGGAGCGAGACUUUCCCCGUUCCGGUGCAGGUGCCGCCCAAGCUGAUAGUGAAAGAGCUAGCCGCGGGCUUCGCGUCAAGCUUUCUGGUGACGGACUUUGGUGAGGUGUGGUCGUGGGGUAGCGGCAAAUUUGGGUGUCUUGGCUUGGGCGAUGACGAGAGCCGGUGGUUUCCUAGCCGCAUCCCCCUGUUCGCGGAGAACCAACCAGCCACGGCCGAGACGGUCAGCGCCGGCAAGUGGCACGUGCUUUGCCUCACGCAGAAGACACACGAGGUAUAUGCAUGGGGCCGCAACAACUGGGGUCAGUUGGGAACAGGAGAGGCCGGUGAAUGCGAGCGGAGUCCCGUGGCGAUACGCUGGACCAAGCGGGAAACCCCGUUGAAGAUAUCGGCCGGCGCUGACCACAGCGUCGCCAUGGUGGACCUGCUACGCCCAAACCAACGCCGGGACAUCGUCGCCUACGCCUGGGGAAACCCAGACCACGGUCGACUGGGUUCCGAGCGGCAGCAAACGCACGCCUCGCCCAUGGAAGUCGAGGACCUUACCCAUGCACUACGGAAGUUGAAACGGACCAUCGCUGGCGUGUCGGCCGGCGGGACUCACACUCUGGCCGUGCUGGGCUCCGGCGAGGUGGCCGCGUGGGGCGGGGGGAUGUACGGCCAGCUAGGAGACGGCCACAUGUGGGACAGGCCAGAGUCGGUCAUGGCCACCGGGUUGCAGGGAGUGCGGUCGGUCAGCGCCGGCGCGAGGCACUCCACGGCUCUUGCGGUAGACAUGGCGGGCACGCAGGUGUGGGGUUGGGGGUUCAACCGUUGGGGCGAGCUGGGUGGGGGGGACGAGAGCGUCCGGCUCCAGCCCUACCGAGUCGGGGGGCUGGACGGGUGCACGGUGCAGCACGUGGUGGCCGGGGAGAGACACACGAUUGCCCUGACAAACGGAAAGGCGCUCCGAGUGAAGGACUUGGGCGACUAUCGAGGCUUCAUCAACGCGUACAAGAAGGGCGGGCUGAUGGUCUACGACGCUCUCAAAAAGACAAUGGAGAAACAGAAGCUCAACCCCGAUUGGUUGGACACUCCGCUCGAGUUUUUCCCCGGUCAGCCGGGUAUGACCUCGGCGGAGUGUCGGCUGGGCACCGCCGAGCCACACAUGGACUGGUGCAUGGACACGGCGCCGCCCGGAAAGGACGUAUUUGAUAGCCUCAGAGGUGGGCACGAGAUAGUCUACGUGUGCCGGCCUUGCAAGCGAGAUCGUGUAUGCCUCGCCUGUGCGAGAAAGUGCCACUCAAAGCACUGCAUCGAACCCGCAUUUCGUCUCAGAGACGGAUCCAAGCCGUGCGAUUGUAGCACCACCCCGGGUAUGUGCGCCUGCAAGUGGAGUCCCAUGAGAGAGCACUUUCGAGCGAUGACCGCCUCCGGAGUGACGCCAGGGAACCCGGCGCUGGGUGAUGACGGGCUUCUGCAUCCCUCCGAGCUGAGGGAGUUGCUGCAAAUUGUCCGCGGCGGUGCGGCGUUUGUGACGUCUGAUGACGUGGACGAAGGGCUGGCGUUGUUGACCCAGGGCGGGGAAAAAGAACGGAUAGGAUACCUUCCGUUCGAGCGGUGGUAUGAAGAACACUUUAGCAAGAUUGAUGCUGAGCUCGAUGAGGGUGGUGGCACAUAA